AUGCAAGGAUCGUCAAAAGUUGUAAUUAAUCGUUGCAUGGAGUUGUUGCAUUCUCGGAUCGCAGGCGCACAGACACGUCACAUCGGAAAACGUAUUGUGCCUCAGGCUGUCCAUCGUGCCAGUUCGUCCGCCAAUCUGCCCAAGGUGCAUCUGGACAGGGAACGUGAGAAAACCAAAAUCUAUCAGAUAAACAAGCAUCGCUCCAUGUGGGACCAGGAUGACUCGGUUGAGCGUCGACAGAAAAUGGAAGCUAAGUGGCACCAAAGUCGUUUGGAUGAUAUCUUGUAUAAAAAACAGGAUAUAAAACAACGGAACUUUGAUUGUACUUGGGUGAAUUUUCCGGAAGCCAUGGUCGCCAAGCCGAAACGUCAGGUGGUAAACUUUGCCCUGGUUGAAAAUCAAUUGAAAACUGUCACAUGUCGUCGUCGCUCUCGUGAGGAGCGUCCGGAGACCGCCAAGCCAUGUGGUGACGAGGCACGUCAGUUCAUUAGCCAAUGGGACAACAAUAAUGCCAUGGUCAAUCGCAAUCGUUUUGGCCGUGCCGCGAACAAUUGUCCACCACCAAUUAUGACCCGUAGUGCCGUUGACGUGGGGCGCGAUCGUCAGACGCAGUUCUACUACUAA